CCACAAAAACAAGGCACUGUGUACGGAACCGACCGUACAUGUUUGCCGCGUCAGCGUUUACUUACUUUAUUGUAAUUCAACUCAGUACUCAUAUCACCACGCUAGCGUGCGAUCGCAUAUAUCAAUAUAUCAUUAUAAUAUAAUUACGACUGUGAAAGUUAAUAAAUCUAUCAAGAAUCAAGUUUGGUUUACAUCAAGACCCUAUCAACUAAAGACAGUGCGGAGCUAACAAGAGAACCGUACAUCUUUAUGGUCCUUCGAAAGCGACUUUUGGUGUCUUAGUGAGUUUUGUGUGGUAGCGAAUCGGUUCCGUCGGCUUCCCACCAGCGGGAUCCCCCGAUUGGAUUGAGAGUGCGCACAUAUCACGCGGAACGCAUUGAGCACUGAAUUUCAUGAACCCAGCAAGCUAAGGAAUCAAGUCCUUCGUCGAAUUAUCAAGACAGCGUAAUCAAGCAGCGCAUAUACAUAUAUCAAUAAACAAUAAGGUACCUAUCAAGUUUAUCAAGGCGAAGAUUCAGAAGUAAGAAUUUUAUCGCAUAAUAUAUUCAUCAAGUAAAAUCAUGGACCAAGAAAUGGAAGCAGUACUGCAAAAUCAAGCCCAAUUACAAGAUGGAAUUGGAAAAAUUAUCAUAAAUUUCAAGAAGGAUAAACAAGAUCGCAAAACAGCAGACUAUAUCAAGAGACGCCUGGAGAAUUUAGAACUGUAUUGGUCUGAUUACACAGCCAAUCAUACCAAACUGGUAAAAAGUUACCCCCUACAAGAAAUUGAUUACUUCCGCGGUGACUUUUACGGUGAAACAAAGAAACUCUACUUGCAUGCCAGGGAGCUGCUAGAACAGUCAAGUGUUACAGGAAACAAGCCUACGCCUGCGCCCGUCCAACCAAGUCAAGCAGAAUAUGGAGGACCAGGUCAGACAAGCACAAAAUAUUCUACUCAACCUGGAGCUAUAUCAAGUAAGUCUUCAGGCCAACCAUCAAGCCAACAAACAGUUGAGCUCAAGAGCUCUGGCAACAAGAGCAAGCUAGACGAAUUGCUGAAGAAGCAGCUCAGCAAUUUUAAAGCAUUUACAAGAUCAGUCUCGAACAUUUGUGUGGAAACCAUGAAUGAAAAAUGGGAAUUCGAAGACUCCCUCAAAACUCUGCAAACACGCUGGAUGGCAAUAGACGCCCUUCACUGGGAGUUAGACAGCGAACUUGAAGGAUCCAACCAGCAGUAUGAAGCCAAGUUCACAGAACAUGAAAAUACAUAUAUACAGAUCAAGAAGACCAUUAACAGCAAGCUAUGGUCAGUGGCCCACAGGGAGAAAAGCACUCCACAACUCGACAUUCCUAUAUUUAAUGGUACGUUUCAACAGUGGAUACCAUUUAAAGAUUUAUUUACUGAGGCUAUUCACAACAACCCAGGUUUAUCAAAUGCCCAAAAACUUCAAUUUCUGAAGAGCAAACUUAAAGGAGAAGCUGAACGCAUGAUCCAACAUCUCCAAAUUAGCUCAGAAAAUUAUCUUACAAGUUGGGAAAUAUUAAAUCACAGAUACAACAACAAGAAAAUAAUUUUCACCACCCACAUGAACACCAUGAUGAAUAUCCCGGUCAUGCAGCAAGCCACGUCAAGCCACAUUAAACGAAUACAUGACGUCACCACCGAGUGUCUAAACGCUAUCAAGAACCUUGGAGUGAACAUUGAUACAUGGGACCCUAUUCUCGUUCACCUUCUAGUGCAGAAGUUAGAUUCCGAAACGCACAGCGACUACCUAGAAUCCCUGAGCGACCCCCGAGAACUACCAUCUAUCGGUGAUUUUCUCAGUUUCAUGGAGAACAAGUUCACCACCAUGGAGUCUGCUCGUCGAAAACAAGAACAGCAGAGGCCAAGUACAAGUGCGGCCGCACCAAACAGAUACGAAAAACCGCCAAACAAUUUUAAGCGCUAUUAUUCAAGCAACAAGGCUACUGCGCAAUCAUCAAGUUCAAACAUAUUCAAGUUGAAAUGUGUCGUCUGUAACAGCCCGGAACAUGGAAUUUAUUUUUGCAAGGAAUUCUUAGAAUUUACACCGACACAAAAACGCCAGUUCGUAACAAGAAACAAUUUAUGUUGCAAUUGCCUAUUCAAUCACCACGGAAAACCUUGCACUUCAACAAAGAGAUGCCGCGAUUGCAACGGAUAUCAUAAUACAAUAUUACAUGCCGCAUAUUCGAAGAAUAACAAUAUGACACCAAAUGACUCGUCAACAACACACGCUCAAAACAAGGAACGAAGCGGCGCCUCUCAUGUGGCGCAACAGCAAACUACCCCAGAGGUUCUCCUUACUACCGCCCUUAUCAAGGUGCAAGGGUUGAAUGGUCAAUACCACACUAUACGGGCCCUUAUAGACCAGGGUUCACAAGUAUCGCUUAUCACGGAAAGAGCAGCGCAACUACUUGGUCUGAAACGCCGCAAGUGUAAGGGUGUGAUAACAGGAGUUGGCACCAAGGACAACACCUGCACUGGAAUGAUAACAAUCAGCUGUAGCUCAUUAACGGAGAAUUUCACGUUUGACACCGACGUUUAUAUCAUGAAAAGUUUAACAAGAAACCUACCGAACCAUUCAUUUGAAAAACCAUCAUGGGAAUUUUCACAAGAGAUGAAAUUGGCCGAUCCUGAUUACAAUUUAAGCAAGCCGAUUGAUAUUUUACUCGGCGCCGAAGUCUAUUCAAACAUAAUACAAGAAGGUAUUUAUAAAGUCGGUAACAUGACGCCCGUUGCACAACAAACAAGGCUCGGCUGGAUAUUAUGUGGGAAGGUGCAAUUUCUGCAAUGCAAUGUCGUUCUAAAUAAUAUUGACGAUAUUCAAUCAUUUUGGCAAAUUGAAGAUAUCUCAGAGAACUCUUCAUAUUCGGCGGAAGAGAUUAAAUGCGUCGAAUUAUACAAGUCAACAACAACAAGGUUGGAAGACGGAAAAUAUCAAGUUAGAUUACCCCUAAAAUCAAACAUACAUCAGUUGGGUCAGUCAAAAAACAAGGCUGUAGCUCAAUUUCUCCAAAUGGAAAGAAAAUUCAACAAGGAUAAAUACAUAGAAAAGGAAUACAAGGCAUUCAUGCACCAAUAUCAAGAUUUGGGUCAUAUGAAACCAUGCACUUCCGGUAACCAUACGAUGAAGCCAGACUACUACUUACCCCACCACUGUGUGGUACGCGAAGAGUCCACCACUUCUGCAGUCCGUGUGGUCUUCAAUGCAUCUGGAACCACCUCAACCGGAAUAAGUCUGAAUGACUGUAUGUACGCGGGCCCUAACUUACAAAAAGACCUCUUGUCACUUAUAUUGGGGUGGAGACUGUACAAGGUGGCCUUCACUGCUGAUAUAGAGAAAAUGUUUAGGCAGAUAUGGGUCCACGAGGAAGAUCAAGUUUUGCAAAAGAUUAUCUGGAGAGACAGCCCCCAUGAAUCAUUGCGAGAGUACCAACUCCGAACCAUUAGUUACGGGAUGAAGGCUGCCAGCUACCUCGCGAUGAUGACCCUCCAGCAGCUGGCUGAAGAUGAGCGACAGAACUACCCAGAAGCAGCAAGAGUUGUCGAAAACUAUUUCUACAUGGACGACUUACUCUACGGUACGCAUUCAUCAGAAACCGCCUUACAAUUGAAACACGAUCUUAUCAAGCUCAUGAAAUCAGGAGGUCUCAAUCUAAGAAAGUGGAACUCCAAUUAUCAAGAAUUACAAGACCAACAAGAUCAGAAUACCUACGCAUUCAAACAAGCUGAGACAACAAAAACACUCGGUCUCAUAUGGGAUCCUAACGAAGACGUUUUCACAUUCAAAUCGAAAAUACCCGAAUCUGAACAAAAACGAACCACUAAGAGAAGCCUCUUGUCCGAUAUAUCAAGAUUAUUUGACCCGUUAGGGUGGUUGACCCCACUAUCAACUAAGUUGAAACUUUUAUUUCAACGUGUGUGGCAAACGAAAUGCAACUGGGAUGACAAGCUUCCCGAUGACAUAUGUUUGGAGUGGGAAAACAUUAAGGGCGACAUAUCAAACAUAAAUAAAAUAAAAAUACCAAGAUGGUUAAACACUGACGACACAUGUAAGAUCGAAUUACACGGCUUCUGUGACUCGUCGCAGAAAGCAUAUGCCUGCGCUAUUUAUAGCAAGAUUGAAAAUCAAGAUGAAAACAGGCCUAUAUUGGUGGUCGGAAAAUCAAGACUAGUACCUACCAACAAAGAAGUGUCCCUGCCAAGACUGGAGCUAAGUGGAGCCCUACUUCUCUCCAAGCUCAUGAAUAAACUUUUACAAGUGCUAUCAACAAACCCAGACAUCAAGGUUGAGGUUUACGGCUGGGCCGACUCCACGGCUGUAUUGGGAUGGCUACAAGGAAGUCCCGAUCGAUGGAAACCCUUCGUCUCGACGAGAGUGAGAAAUAUCACGGAAAUAAUGCCACCAAGCUGCUGGCGCUACGUGAAGUCAUCGGAAAAUCCCGCUGACUGCGCAAGUCGGGGUCUCACAGCGACUAAAUUGGCCGAGCAUCCCCUGUGGUUCCAAGGACCAGCAUGGCUGUCAAAGUAUGAUAAAAAUAAACAAGAAAAACAAGAAUUGUACACGACUAAAGAGGAAGAAAAACAAGUCUCGGUCGUCACUCAAGGUCAAAGCACCACUCAGUGCACCCUAAUAAGUGAGCUAUUAAACAAGUAUAGUUCAUUUACAAAAGUUGUGCGUGUACUGUCUCGCAUACGAAGAGUGUUAUCACGAGAAAAGCCUAAGGAAGAAUGGCUGACGCUAUUAGAAAUACGUGAAGCAAAGAAAAUGAUCAUAAAACAUGUUCAAGGUCAAGAAUUUGAAGACGAAAUCAAGGGUCUGAAACAAGGAAAGGGCAUAUCACCAAAAAGCAAGAUCCUAAGUCUAAACCCAUUUUUAGACAAGGAUGAGAUAUUAAGAGUCGGCGGCAGGCUGAGGAACGCCCAUAUAAGCCCCGAAAUGAUAAAUCCAAUACUAAUACCUAAAGAUCACAGGCUUACCGACUUAAUUAUAAACAACGCGCACGAGCUCACUUAUCACGGCGGGGCUCGAGUUACACUUGCAUUCACACGCCAACGGUACUGGAUACCUAGCGGAAACAGGACGACGAAAAAGUACAUACAAAAAUGUGUAUCAUGUAAAAAGCACAAUCCUAACAGGCUGCAACAAAUUAUGGGAGAUUUACCUGAAGCCAGGGUGAACCCUUCCAGGCCCUUCCAACACACAGGAGUUGACUUUACGGGUCACAUCAUGAUGAAAGCCAACAAGGGCCGUGGAAUGAAAACCACAAAGGGUUACGUGGCUGUUUUUGUGUGCAUGAUAACAAAGGCUGUCCACCUGGAGCUGGUGGGUGACAUGACAACUUCAUCAUUCAUAGCCAGUCUUCGCAGAAUGUCCUCAAAGAGAGGAGCCCCCACUGACCUGUACUGCGACUGCGGUUUAAACUUCGUCGGAGCCAGUCGCAUACUUCAAGAAGAGUACCAAGAACUCAAACAGAUGCUCAAUCAAGAGUGCGUAGAUGCAAUCACUGAUAUGGAGAUCAAGUUCCACUUCAACGCACCAUCAUGGCCUUCAGCAGGAGGACUGUGGGAAAGUGCUGUCAAGAGUUUCAAGUUCCAUCUAAAACGCGUCAUCGGGGAGCAACGACUCACCUACGAGGAACUCGCGACAAUAAUAGCUCAGAUCGAAGCAUGUCUGAACACAAGACCCCUCUGUCCCCUAUCAGAGGACCCCGAAGACUUUGAUUACCUGACACCGUCCCACUUCCUCUCGAGCGGCCCAGUGUUGACAAUCAUAGAAACUGAAAAGGACCUUAGAACCCGCUGGCAUCUAACCCAAAAAAUAUACCAAGAUAUUUGGAAGCGGUGGCGUUCUGAGUAUUUAACACAAUUAACAGCAAGGUCUAAGAAUAGACAACCUAAAGGCAAUAUCAAGAUUGAUGACGUGGUCCUUAUUCACGAUGAUAACCUGCUCCCAGGCAAGUGGAUCAUGGGCAGAGUGAUAGAGCUACACCCUGGAAAGGACGGCUACGUUCGCGUGGUUACCUUGAAAACCAAGAGUGGGUACCUCAAGCGGCCAGUCAUUAAGCUCUCUGUACUUACCGAACACGAUGACGUCACAUACCCCAACCAAAGUCAAGAGCAAAAUCACACAGUAAAUGUGAAUCAAGAAAAAGAAAGAAACGAAAAGAAGAAGCCCCCAACAAGAAAUUCCACAAGCCCGAGGUCAUUCUUCACUACAAUGAUAGCCACAUUUCUGCUAUUUAUGACAGUCGUAUCAAGUGUUCAAAGCAGCUACGUAAACGUCACGCAGUUCAGAGAUAACCAGAGCCUUUACUUUGACAAAAUCUCCGACAUGUCCCUUAUCAAAGAUGAAUGGAAGCUCAUUGUGUACUAUGAAAUGGAACCGUAUUGGCAAGGCAACAGGGCAUUAAAUAACUACAUUAACAAAUUGGAUACGGCGUGUAUAACACUGCGAGAUCAAGCUCACUGUGAUUCAAUACUUAUCCAGUUACACCACGGGUUCGCCGAACUAGAGCACUAUAAUCAAGUCCUAAUGAGUCAUCAAUUCGGCCAGCAAGCGGCUAGAAAGAGCGCCAGACAGCGCGGCACGCGCGGGAUCGUAAACGGGGUCGGAUAUCUCGCUAACACCUUAUUCGGCGUAUUAGACGAGAGAUUCGCCGAGCAGUAUCAGAAAGAUAUAAGCUUACUACAAACUAAUCAGCAACACAUAGUUAACUUAUGGAGAAAUCAAACAUCUAUAGUCGAAUCUGAAAAUAACCUUCUAAAACGCACAGAAAGCAUAAUGAACAAGCAGUACAAAAUCAUGAAUCAACACAUGUCAACAUUAGAAAAAACAAUACACUCCAUGAAAAAUAUAGUUCAAACCAAUCAAGACAGUAAUGACUUUGCAAUUGGAGCUAUUUUAGCAAGUAACGUACUCCAGAACUUAAAAAACCUACAAACAACUUUACUAGAAACAGUAACAGAUAUAAAUCAAGGACGAUUCAACGUGCAUCUGUUGACACCAGAACAGCUGACAAGCGAAUUAAGCAUUAUAUCAAGCAAACUGCCUAAAGAUGUGUCACUACCGAUAGAUAAUAUACAUUCGGAUCUACGUCAACUCUACAGCCUUCUCAAAAUCAAGACAAGGAUGCUGCAAGAAGUCCUAAUUUUUGAGAUUACAAUACCACUUAUAAGCAGAGAAAGCUAUGAGAUAUUCAAGAUUGUUCCUAUACCUAAAAUACAACAUGAUGAAGUCAUAAGUGUCAUACCAAUAUCAGAUUUCAUUUCAAUGAACUUGAAGAGAGACACCUUUAUACCUAUGAGCGAACAUGACGUCAGAGGUUGUUAUGCACAGAAAAAUAAUUACUAUUGCCAUAGUCAGAAGCCAGAAUAUCAAAUGAAGAGCGACAAGAACUUAUGUGAGACGGAGAAUCAAGAAUGCAAGGCAAAUAUACAUAUAUGCAAGAACGAGUGGAGAGACACCCAUGCCAUCAACACAUACCUAUUUUUCUGUUGCACGACGUGCGCGAUAAGGUCAAUGUGCGAGUAUCAAGUAGCCGCGCAUCAGCUGACUGGAGCGGGCAUUAUACAUAUAGGUCAUGGCUGUAUUAUCAAAACAGAUGAGCUGACAAUUUCUCCUCACAAGACACAUGAAAGUGAGGUUCGAAUUUUGCCUCAAGUACACAGCCCUACAAUGUCGCCUAUCAAUAAUUUGAUCAAUAUAACUGUCCCACAUUUGCACAUAGCAAAUGAGUCACAACAAGAGUUGGAAAAGGAGGCAUCAGUUAUUGAGAACAAAAUUAAUGACUUGAAAAGUAAACAAGUACUGAUAUCAGACAGCGUGUCUAACCACGACAUCCACCACUACGCUAUGAUAUACUUACUCGUUGGCGCAGCUGGUAUGGUGGGACUCAUCUACAUGGCAAGACGAGUCCAAUGCGGGCGCAAGAGAGCUCCUACAACCAGAGCAGACGGAGAGGGUGCUCAGACAAGGAGCCCGGCGGCGGCGGCGGCGGCGGCGGCGGCUCGUCAGAGCAGGACGACCGUGGCGCGACAAGAGAGCGCUCACACAGUAUUCGAAAUGCUGGAGAGGCGACGGGAGAACAAGUCUACUAGCCCAGUGUUGAAAAAGUUUAAUGACUUCAUAAGUGAAAAUUCAGUUUAAUGAAAUACUUAAGUAGCAUGACUUUUAUUAAGAUUCAAGUUUUUAAGUCUUAACAUAAUUUGCUUAGGUUAUUUUAUCUUAUCAUUUCUGGCCGGGGAAGAUGUACGGAACCGACCGUACAUGUUUGCCGCGUCAGCGUUUACUUACUUUAUUGUAAUUCAACUCAGUACUCAUAUCACCACGCUAGCGUGCGAUCGCAUAUAUCAAUAUAUCAUUAUAAUAUAAUUACGACUGUGAAAGUUAAUAAAUCUAUCAAGAAUCAAGUUUGGUUUACAUCAAGACCCUAUCAACUAAAGACAGUGCGGAGCUAACAAGAGAACCGUACAUAGUGCAAUAACAUUACUAUUAUAAAUUAACUGAAACUUAGACUGUAAGUACUUCGACUUUUUCGAGUGAAAGUUUACAAUCCUUAUAGACUGUAAUAUUUGUUGGAUUAUUCAAUUGUGUUUGUAUGAAGUUGUGGUCGGAUUUUGUAUAGUUUUGACUAGCAGUUUGAUUAAAUGUAUUCAACGGAAGCACGUCAAAGUACAAAUCGAAUCCAACUAGGGCUACACGGAUCUACUGUCUCUUAUGGCGUACCAAUAGUUCAAACAGCUGGAACUCAGUUUUUUUUGCAAACCAAAUUCAAUUCGUAUGUUAAAUUGAAUAGCAUUUGGAUUGCAUAAAUAGAGGUGUAAGAGAUAGCGAUACGGUAGCUGACCACACCACUGGUGUGAAUUACAAAUAUGUUACUGCCAUAAAGUUAAGUAAGAUGCUUCCGUUGAAUAUUAUGGCUGUGGUUAAAAACGGAACAGAUACGUUUUCAAUUUGAAUGAUAUUAAUUUAAUUCUAUUGUUAUAACUCUGCACGUGUUGGCCACUAAUGGCAUAGAUCAUUCAUUGAUCACGGUUUGUGAAAGAUGAAAAGUUAUAUUUAACGUAUUUAUAAAUUUUACGUUGAACACAAGGAAAUGUGAGGUGAAUAAACUACUACUAACAUACCUAUUACAAUUUACACUUGUGAUUUAUAAAUAUAACUUAUGUACGAGUAUGUUAUGUCUGCAUCGGUAUAUCGUGGACAGAGCCUCACAAGUUUGUCCUGAAACGCGUGUGGCGUCCCACACGCGCUUCACACUUCUGACCCCAACUUCACAGUUUUACCUCAGUAUUUUAUUGUUUUCAAUGUUAAUCCUUUUUGAAUAUGUAUGUAAAUGUUAGUGUGAGUUGCCCGCAGCGCACCUUACUUCCUCGGGUUCGAUUGAGGAUAGUUAAAUAAAAAUAAAAACGAUUAAAAUAUUA